AAUAAGACUCUAUCUUCCCGUGAAGCUGUAGACUAGAGAUAUAUAGCCUCCACUCAUUCAUUCCUUUAUAGCUAUAUUUUCAUAAUGGCCGCUAGUUCUGCCGUUGAGAUGGGUUUAAUGAGAAAAUUCUCUUAUCAAAGACUGGAAAAUGAAGCAGAAUUUGGAAAAGAAAAUGAAGAGAGGGCUUUCAGAAAGAUUAGGACAAGUUCAAGAUUUAGGAAGGUCAACUUUAAGAAGCGACCAAGUAUUAGGAUCCAGGCGUUGCGAAGGUUCUGGAGAAGAAGAACAAAGUUGUUCUCCAGAGUUAAAGUUUCAUGGAUCAAGAUUUUGAAGAGGUUGAAGGAUGGGCAGGUUCAUAUGAACGAUCUUUUUGGUGGAAACUAUAUGAUUAUGCUGGCCAACCCUGCAUUUAAAUGUGGCUAGCCUUCUAGAUAGAACGAGAUCCUGUAGAAGCUUGAUUACAUACAGGUUCAAAUAUCUGCAAAGAAACUAUAGUCCCCAGCAUUCUUAACCAUUAACCUGACAGCAACAAUUGCAGUCACCAGGGUAAGGAUGGUGAAAAAAAUAAUGUUCAAAUAAUACGAAACCUUGCUGUGUGUUUCAGCUGUCUCUCCCAUGACCUGGACGAAAAAGAAAAAGAAAAGUACAUAUAGGCUUAGUUCUGUGUUGUUUAGUAGUAUAUUAUCAAGUUAAUGAUUAAGUGCCUUGACUUGGAUCAUGCUUGGGAACAAGAAGGUGAGAGAAAUAAGUGUAAAUGAACCAACCAGGUUCACAAAAUCCCCUAUGAAAGGGAAUGCUGCUGUCACAAAUAUAUUUCCUGUGAAGAGAAGCCCUCGCAAGCAGAAUCAACGUUUCAUGUUUUGUCGAUUGUGCUUAUUGUUUCUCCUUAAGUUAGAUUAAAAUAUGCAUAGAUGACCAUUUCAUGUUGGAAAAGAACAUUUUAUUCCCAGAAAGAAAAGUCAAAACAAGAUUAAAUUAUGACUCUAAUCCUAUUCAAAUCCGAUUCAUCGCCACGUCGGUUGGAUCAACUUGGAAGCAUCGAGAUUACUGAUCAUGUCGUGAAUUUUAUUCCCCGAAGGCUGCCUCCACGUCCACGUGUUCGCUUCCAUUGACAGAAUUCUAUACGCGUAAAUCUGUUUCUGUUGGUGCUUUUGCAUCGGUCAUUUUGAUCCAACAAACCAACUCAUUCAUAUUAGAAGAUGACAAUCACGGCCACCCCUAGCAUCAAAGAUGGCUGCCUCAUGGUGAGGGGCAAGGUGGUUUUGACACAAGUUUCUCAUAAUGUUGUUGUUUCUCCGGCAAGCUCCGGCUCAGCUUUCAUUGGCGCAACUUUUACAACUCCAAGUUCUCGCCAUGUUUUCACUCUUGGUGGGCUUUGGGGUUACAAGUUUUUAUGUCUCUAUAGAUUCAAAAUCUGGUGGAUGAUACCGCAUGUUGGGGAAUCCUGCAGUGAAAUUCCCAUAGAGACUCAAAUGCUUCUCUUGGAAGCAAGAGAAGACUCUGCCCUUCACGAAGAGGAUUCUUCUGAUCCUGAUUCAGGAGACACCUUCUACAUUCUAUUGUUGCCUGUGUUAGAUGGACAAUUCAGGGCAACUUUGCAAGGGACUCCAGCAAAUGAGCUCCAGUUCUGCAUCGAGAGUGGAGAUGCCAGUGUUCAAACCUCUCAAGCCUACGAAGCAGUAUUCAUGAAUUCAGGAAACAACCCAUUUGAGCUCAUCAAGGAGUCCAUCAAGAUACUGGAGAGGCAAAAGGGUACUUUCAGUCACAUUGAAAACAAGAAGAUCCCUGCACAUUUAGAUUGGUUUGGAUGGUGCACAUGGGAUGCUUUUUAUACAGAAGUCAAUCCCCAGGGAAUCAAAGAAGGCCUUCAGAGUUUUUUGGAAGGUGGGUGUUUACCAAAAUUUCUUAUCAUUGAUGAUGGAUGGCAAGAGACAAUGAAUGAAUUCCACAAAGAAGGUGAAACGCUCAUUGAAGGGACACAGUUUGCUACCAGAUUGGUGGACAUCAAAGAAAACAGCAAGUUCAAGGGUUCAAACUCUAAUAGCACAUGCAUAGAUCUCCACGGGUUUAUUGAAGAAAUCAAGGAAAAAUAUGGACUAAAGUAUGUUUAUGUGUGGCAUGCUUUAGCUGGUUAUUGGGGAGGUGUCCAUCCAUCAUCUGAAGUAAUGAGAAAAUACAAACCAAAGCUUGCUUAUCCAGUUCAAUCACCCGGCAAUAUCGGGAAUCUCAGGGAUAUUGCCAUGGACAGCUUGGAGAAAUAUGGAGUUGGAAUUAUUGAUCCCCAGAAGAUCUUUGAUUUUUACUAUGAUCUCCAUAGUUACCUUGCUAGCUGUAGCGUAGAUGGGGUGAAGGUUGAUGUUCAGAACUUGAUAGAAACCUUAGGUUCUGGGCAUGGCGGACGGGUAUUGUUGACUAGACAGUAUCAACGAGCACUUGAACAAUCCGUAGCCAGGAACUUUAGAGAUAACAACCUGAUUUGUUGCAUGAGUCACAAUUCUGACUCAAUUUACAGUUCAAAGAUGAGUGCGGUUGCAAGAGCAUCGGAGGAUUUCAUGCCAAGGGAGCCAGCUUUGCAGACCUUACAUAUUGCUUCUGUGGCUUUUAACAGUCUUUUACUAGGGGAAGUGGUGGUGCCAGAUUGGGACAUGUUUCAUCAGAGCAAACAUGACACAGCAGAGUUCCAUGCUGCAGCAAGAGCAUUGGGUGGGUGUGCAAUAUAUGUAAGUGACAAGCCAGGCAUUCAUGAUUUUAAAAUUCUUAAAAAGCUUGUUCUUCCUGAUGGGUCUAUCCUAAGAGCUAGACGUGCUGGCCGUCCUACUCGAGAUUGUUUAUUCAAGGACCCUGUCAUGGAUGGGAAAAGUCUGUUGAAGAUAUGGAAUUUAAAUAAAUUAACAGGAGUCAUUGGUGUGUUUAACUGCCAAGGAGCUGGAAGUUGGCCAUUGAAACAAGCAGCUGAAGAUGUGCCUACCACAACAUCUGCACCUUCAUCCAUUUCUGGCCAUGUGAGUCCCCUUGAUGUUGAAUUUCUUGAAGAGAUCGCAGGCGAAAAUUGGAAUGGAGAAUGUGCAGUAUAUGCCAUCAAUUCAGGAAUUCUUUCUAACUUAUCGAAGAGAGAAAAUCUCAAAGUGUCCUUAGCCACUCUUCAAUGUGAAAUAUAUACCAUCUCAACGAUUCGGGUUUUUCGUCAGAAUCUUCUUUUUGCUCCAAUAGGGCUGCUUGACAUGUACAACUCAGGAGGAGCUGUAGAAGCUAUGAACCACACCAUGGAUCAUUCUGAAUGCAGAAUAAAAAUAAAAGCCAAAGGCUGUGGCCGAUUUGGAGCCUUUUCAAGUACUAAACCGAAGUGUUGUAUGGUGGACAUGAAGGAAGAAGAAUUCACCUACAAUUCUCAAGAUGGACUAUUGACAAUUAAACUUGAUAGUGACUGUAAUUUAAGAGACAUUGAAUUUGUAUAUUGAGCGUCAUAUAUUUAUGUGAAACCUUCAAGAUAAUCUGAGCAACCAAGAAUUGUUGCA